AUGACGACCCUUGAUUUCGAGAAAUUUCCAGAAUCCCUCGAUCCUUCAUCCUAUUCAUAUGAUGAAAAGGUUUCCACUAACACAUCACCUUUUGAAAGUGAAGAUCUCAACGACGACUUAUCUCUUCACAACAUUGAUUUAGAUUUUCGUAUUCCAGCAUCAGUAGACUCCUGGCCCGCUCAUAGUUCGUUAAGUUUAGGCUUAGACUACAAUCCUAUUGACUCUACCCCUACAUAUCUUUGUACAAUUUGCCAGAAAAAUAUUGUAAAAUUCGAAGACCCUCUACAAAUUCCUAAAAAACGUAAAAGAUUUGAUGAUAUCCCAAUUCUUCCUUCCAUGCAAGUUUGUGAAGAAUGUCGAGCAAUGGACUUAGCGAGCUUAAAAGACAAAGAAAUUCCGGAAAAGUCCAAAAGAGUCGUCAAAAGAGAGCAUGCAAAACGCAGAGCAAUGGAAAGUGAAGCUGUUAACAAGCUCAAAGAAGAACAGAAAAAGUUGCAAGAAAUCUGUAAAGAUCUUGUUGCGUGGAAAAGCAAAUGGUCUCUAUUUUACUGCCGAAUUUUUUUUUCUCUAAAAAAUGCAGAAAAAUGUAAUAAAAAAGCUGAAAUAAAAUUUGCAGAAAAUCAGGGAAAAGGAAUGAUCAGUUGUUUUCCAUGCAAGCCCAAAGAUCUCCCAGACGCUGAGAGAAAAAGGCAGCAGCAGAUGAUCAGAAACAGAAUUUCAGCCCAGCAAAGCAGAGAUAGGAAAAAGCAAUACAUUUCGCUGAUCGAAGAUGAGAAUUCGCAGCUGAAAAAACAAAAUUCGUGCUUACAACAUAAAGUUAUGCAGUUACAAGCAGAAAAUGACUAUUUGAAAAAUCAAUUAGCAAGCAUACAUAUGAGUGAUAGCAGCUCAAAUUAUUCAAAAAUUACAAAAGCUGCUGGGCUAGCAUUUGCUGCGAUGAUUUCAGUCAUGAUGAUCAUGAAUCUUUCUAUUGAUAAUUCAAGCCAAAACACUGCAUUACAAUUAUCAAGCGGUAGAAAACUUGUAGAAACCACAAAUUUCAUUAGUGAGUACACAAAUCCCCAAGAAGAAAUAUCAGAAAAAGCAAUAGGUGUUAUAAAUUCACAGCUCCAAAAAUACACCCCUGUCCAAUUCCAUGAAACAGAUUUCAUUGACAUUCGGCAGGAGCGCAUCAAAAAGUCAAGCAUAAAAUCUAGCCUUAGAGCGCUUGGUGCCAGCGAUCCAUGCUCUCGACAGAUGAUGCAAGAAGUUUCUAAAGGAUCUUUAACAACGCUGUUUUGCCCUGCAGUCCAAGUUUUCUGGGAAAAUGACCAAGAAGUGCCCAGCCUGCAAAAUUUGCAAGUGAUUAUGCCACUUGAUAAUUUGCCAAGCUUAGCACCAGCAAAGAUAGACCCUGACAAAAAUUAUCUGGUCGAGCUCAUGUGCAAAGUGACGGAUGUUAAUCUAUUGCCAGCUUAA